CCUGGUCCAUGAACCAUGACUCCAGUACUGGCAGUACCUCUUUCAAGUCGGCUGAGUGUUAGGCCCACAUGUCAGUUGGUUAAACCGCCGCCAUCCAGCACGAGGCCCGGUUUGCCGACCGAGCUCAGCACAUCGCUUCCCAAUCCAACGGCAGCCAGGCGCCCACCACCCAAAACCCUUUAAAUCCCGCCCCUUGACGCGCACCCGGAGAGGGGCAUCGCCCGCGUGCCCUCACCCCGCUCCAAUCCCCUCCUCCCCUGACUCCAAUGGGAAUGACCGCCGCCGCCGCCGCCGCCACGUCCACGUCUCGCCUCCUCCUCCACCACCACGCUGCCGCUGGCUCCGACCGCCGCCACCAGCACCAGCUCAGGUACCCGGCGACCCAGUACGCUCUCUCGCUGCGCUGCGGCUCCGGCCGGCGUGAGGCGGCGGCCGGGGCGCUCCUGCCCGACCGCGUCACCCCGUUCUCCUACGGCGUCGGCGAGGACGCCGAUGACCACCCGCGCGAGGAGUGCGGCCUGGUGGGGGUCGUCGGCGACCCGGACGCGUCGUCGCUGUGCUACCUCGGCCUGCAGAAGCUGCAGCACCGCGGGGAGGAGGGGGCCGGCAUCGUCGCGGUGGGCGGGGACGGCAAGCUCAAGUCCGUGACGGGGCUGGGUCUCGUGGCCGACGUGUUCGGUGACCCGUCCCGGCUCGCCUCGCUCCCGGGCCCCGCCGCCAUCGGGCACGUGCGCUACUCCACCGCCGGCGCCGCCGCGUCGCUGCGGAACGUGCAGCCGUUCCUGGCGGGCUACCGGUUCGGGCAGGUCGCCGUCGCGCACAACGGCAACCUCGUCAACUACCAGGCGCUGCGGAACAAGCUCGAGGCCCGGGGGUCCAUCUUCAACACCUCCUCGGACACGGAGGUCAUCCUCCACCUCAUCGCGACGUCGCUGUCGCGGCCCCUGCUCGCGCGCGUCUGCGACGCGUGCGAGCGCCUCGCGGGGGCCUACUCGCUCCUGUUCCUCACGGCCGACAAGAUGUUCGCCGUGCGCGACCCGCACGGGUUCCGCCCGCUCGUGAUGGGCCGCCGCCGGAACGGAGCCGUCGUGUUCGCGUCGGAGACCUGCGCGCUGGACCUCAUCGACGCCACCUACGAGCGCGAGGUGCAGCCCGGGGAGGUGGUCGUGGUCGACCGCCGCGACAUGUCGGUGGCCUCGGCCUGCCUUGUCCCGCACCGCCCGCGCCGCGCCUGCGUCUUCGAGCACAUCUACUUCUCGCUCCCCAACUCGGUCGUCUUCUCCCACGCCGUCCACGAGCGCCGCACCGCGUUCGGCCGCGCUCUCGCCGAGGAGUCCCCGGCCCCGGGCGCCGACGUGGUCAUCCCGGUGCCGGACUCGGGCUUCUACGCCGCGCUCGGGUUCGCGCGCGCGUCGGGGCUCGAGUUCCAGCAGGGUCUGAUCCGGUGGCACUACAGCGGCCGCAGCUUCAUCCAGCCGACGCAGGCGAUCCGCGACCUCGCCGUGAAGCUCAAGCUCGCCCCCGUGCGCGGUGUCAUCGCCGGCAAGAGCGUGGUGGUCGUGGACGACUCGCUGGUGCGCGGCACCACCUCGAGUAAGAUCGUGCGCCUGCUCCGCGACGCCGGCGCGCGAGAGGUGCACAUGCGGAUCGCGAGCCCGCCCGUGGUGGGGUCCUGCCUCUACGGCAUCGACACGCCGAGCGAGGGCGAGCUCAUCUCCAACCGGAUGGACCUGGAGGGCGUGCGCAGGGAGAUCGGCAGCGACUCGCUCGCAUUCCUCUCUCUCGGCAAGCUGCACGGCAUCUACGGCGACGAGGCUGGGGACUACUGCGACGCGUGCUUCUCGCGCAAGUACCCCGUGCUUCCAACUCUGGCCGACCCGGCCGCCGAGCCCGAGGAGUGAGGCGGUCAGCAGGCUCUGCUGGAGGAUACAAGGCACGCUUUCUGCUGAAGUUGACUCACAGAGAACGAGACUGAACCAACCAAAGGCGUCUCCAGAGUCCAGAGAAGAUGCGUGCAGAGUGCAGCAGUUGAAAAUCGGGGCAGUUUUUACACACGAGGACGACGUCGCGUGUCUGUUGAGUCCAGAACGCUUGUACGGAAAAACAAUAGAUUUGUUUUUCUUUUGGUACGUUUGAUAGGUAUGGAUGCUUCAGGAUGAAGAGCCGCUGGAGUUUGCUUCAGAACGACGCACAGAUCAGCUACUGCCGAGCACUACGGUUUGUUGAUAUCUGAAGGAGUGAAGUUGCAAACCAUUACUUGUCUGCUUCUCGGAAUCUAUCCGCUCUCAAUGAAAAUUAUCCCGACUGAUUCAGUAGGAUCACCACUACGCGGCUUUCAUCCAUGCGCGCCCCUCGUGAGGAACUUCUAUAGACUAUACUGUGGGCUUUCAUAUGAUUGCGGACAGGUCAGCGAUGACAUGACAGCGAAAAAUAAUGCACGCAAAUUCAGGGGUCGGAACUUGUGGCUGAUAAACUAUGCCGGAAAAAAAGUGGUUCUGUCUCAAGGCAGAUAGAGAGAGGAGGGAACUGCUGCGAGAUGGAGGAGGAGGAGG